AUGACUGAAGAAUAUUAUGAUAUCGUGAUUGUUGGUGCUGGGCCGUUUGGGCUCUUUUUAUCUCUCUGUUUGUCUCGGUGGGGGUAUAACGUGAAACAUAUAGAUAACCGAGUGGUCCCCACCAAAACCGGCCGAGCAGAUGGAAUACAGUCUCGUUCCAUUGAGCUGCUACGAAACCUUGGCCUGAAGAGUCAGUUGAUGGCCUACAAGCCCGCGCGAGUCUACGAUGUUGCUUUUUGGGACCCUCUCCCAGGCGGGAAGGGAAUACAUCGGACAGGGAACUGGCCCAGCUGCCCGCCAUCUAUCGACACGAGAUAUUCGUUCUCCGUUCUAUUACAUCAAGGCAGGAUCGAAAAGGUAUUCCUAGACGAGAUAGCGAAGUGUGGAACGACAGUAACUCGACCAAGUACGAUCGUCGGUUUCCGGAACGACGGAGCUGACCCGAUCUAUCCUGUGUCGGUUACCUUGAAGGGCCUGGACACGAACGUUGAACAGACCGUGCGGACAAAAUAUUUGGUUGGUGCCGAAGGUUCUCGAAGUUUUGUAAGGGAGAAACUAGGCAUCAGGAUGCAGCAUAAGGACCCCAUCGCUCAUGUGUGGGGUGUUAUGGAUGGAGUCAUCCGGACUAACUUCCCGGAUAUCAGGACAAAAUGUACUAUCCAUGCUGAUAGUGGCUCAGUCAUGGUAAUCCCAAGAGAAGAUAAUAUGGUUCGCCUAUAUACCCAGAUUUCUUCGUCAACAGAUCCGGACUGGGAUCCUAAACGAACAGCUACAGUCAAGCAAGUGCAAGAGGCCGUGAAGCAGGCAUUCAAGCCCUAUCAUAUUACCUGGGAUACAGUGGAAUGGUAUUCUACAUACCCCAUAGGGCAGGGUCUCGCAGAGAAAUACAGUUUGGACCAGCGUAUAUUCAUCGGCGGAGACGCGUGCCAUACCCACAGUCCCAAGGCUGGCCAAGGGAUGAACGCUGGCUUCCAUGAUGCAUUGAAUCUGGCGUGGAAGAUCCAUCUUGUCGAGGCUGGAUUCGCUAAUCGCUCAAUUCUGGAAACUUAUGAAGGGGAACGGAAGUUCAUAGCUCAACAACUCCUUGACUUCGAUGCCAAGUAUGCGAAGUUGUUUUCCCAGCGACUAUCCUCGAUCGAACCUGGCUCGAAAGAAGCCAAUGAGUUUACCGAGCUGCAUAAAUCAGCAGCCGACUUCACCAGUGGUCAUGGCAUCGUAUAUCCUCGAAACGUCUUCAAUCAAGGCCAUAACCACCGAGCCAAAUCACCGCUAUUUAUCGAGAGUGGAAAAGGGCUAUUGACUGGCCGUGCUUUCCCUCCGGCUACCGUUACUCGCCACUCCGACGCGUAUCAUAUAGCCCUCGAGCAAGCAAUCCCUAUGAACGGAUCGUUCCGAAUUUUUAUCUAUGCCGGAAACCCCAAUAAAUCCAGAGCUGCCUUGGCCGAUUUUUGUCGGAAUCUCGAGGAACCAUCCAGUUUCUAUUCCUCAUACGCGACACCGGAACUUUUGCCUGAUCCAUACUUUGAGCAGCAUAACCCUCAUUCGCGAUUUUUCACUCUUGCCGUAAUAUUUAUGGCGGAGAAGAAUGACAUCGACGUUUCGAGGCUGCCACCCCUUCUCAAAGCAUACCGUCACCAUAUCUACGUUGAUGGCAUCAUCCACAAGAAAUCCUCCGAUGAAACGGGUUCUGCUCACAGAAAGGCCGGAUUUGAUGCUGAUAAGGCCGGUGUUGUUGUUGUACGCCCUGAUGGACAUGUUGCCUGCUCAGUCCAACUGGAAAGAGGGAGUGGCAGUGUCGACGCUCUAGACAAAUAUUUUGCUACGUUUACGUCGAGAGCGUUCAAUAGAAACCUCAUGACUGCAAAUUUAUGA